AUGUUGAAAUCAGGGCACGACCUAGUCGAAGGAACCGUAAUACCUGAGAGUGCGUUCCGCGAUCUUGCUCAAUAUUACCACGGUCAUAGAGAUGGGACCGAAUUUAGUGUUGAUAUACAGAUGCGAAUAGUCGAACAUGCUGACGAGCCGUUGCGUACAUUAUGGAUAACCUACGACAGGAGCCUGGAUACGAAAAUGACCUACCAUGGCCGAUUCAAGAAAGAUGACGAGACAAAGACCGAAAAAGCAAUGCAGACAGGGGAAACUCUGGACGAUGAGCAGAGCAGUAGCGAUGAUGGAGAAAAGUCUCAAUGGGAAGAAUCGUUUGAUUCUCAAUUUGAUUCGGCCGUUACUCGUGCAAAAACUACAAGACCCUGCGCAUCUUGGGAGAAUGUGCUUAUGGAAUUGUCAAGUUGGCAUACAAUAAGAAAGAUCCAGAAAAGUCAAGGAUUCUUGUUGACAGGUGGAUACCUCAUGAGUACUCGGAAAUAUUCCGUCAGAGAUACACAUUCUCCACACACUCCGGCAACUCUCUCAUCCAAAUAUAGUACACGUGAACAAACCAUUACUACAUUUAAAUCUCCACGGACCGGAAUGGGCUUGUUUGAAUACAUAGAACUGGACGCUUCGAUGCCUGAAACUGAAUCAAAUCGAUAUUCUGACAAGUUGCCUGUGCGAAGGCAAACAUUCUGUGGAAAUUUGGAUUAUGCUGCGUCUGAGUUGUUGACUGGUCGGGAAUAUGAUGGCCCUCCACGGAUAUCUGGGUCUUGUUAUGUUAUACGGAGAGAAUCCAUCUAUAAUAUAAUGUAUACGCGACAUUUUGCUCGAGUGACCAUGGGAUGUUCAGCACGGGUGAAACAACGUAUAGGUUACGAGGUCAAAAUUGGAGGAUCGGUUAUUUGGCUGACGCCUACAUUGGAAACAUCUCUUCACUUUUUAUUGAAUCUAGAAAAUGCGGGUGGACAUUGGUAUGAGUUAUUCGUGACGACAUACGAGACGGAUUUGACGGCGAUGGUCCAGGCAUGUUAUAUUUUCUAUCAGUUGUCCAACUACAUGCUGAAAAUGCAGGCCGUAGAAUCUCAAUGA